UGCGGUGUCGCGGUGAUUUUUAGGGGACAGAACAGAAAAAGGGAAGAGAGAGAGAGAAAGAGAGAGAGAGAGAGAUAACGGGGGUACCCGGGUGAACCACGGGAGAGAGAAAAGAAUUACGCGCUCCCGGGGCCUCGAGCAACACGCUCGAGAGGGUGCUAGGGAACAAUAAUUGUAUCGGUAUCUCCUCGGUGCGCGUACGGACAUUCGAGUACACGUAGUAGUUUCGAUCGGUAGUUUAGAGGUCCGCGAUUCACACGUUGCUACUUUGAACACAGUGUCCGAGGUUGAAAGUUCCGCGGGAAGAGUCCGAGUCAAAUCGGCCGCGCUAUCAUCCGGGAGAACGCGUCAGGAUCGUCAGGGUCGUCUGUCGUCGACGACUGUCCUGAAUAGAAAUCGAAAGAAGUGUGCCGACAUGUCGGCCUUGAGCGCCGGGCCCUGUCGACCCGGGAUUAUACUCUGUCUGGCUGUUCUACUCGCAUCGCAAUCCAAUUCCGCACCCGUAUACGAGCAAGGUACUACGCAAGUAGCUGAAUACGAUGGAGCCUCGAGCGGAUGCUACUACAACUACCAACACUACGACGAGGGAGACAGGAUUAUCACGAACGAGCCCUGCCUGAAUUGCACGUGUCACAAUCGGAUGUUGAUGUGCUACCUGAGGGUCUGUCCGUUCACGAAGGCGAUCGGUCAGAAUUGCACAGCGGAGAAACGUCCGGACCAGUGUUGCCCGGUUAUCACUUGUCCGGAGGUGCCCGUGCAAUUAUUGACCUCGACCACUAGCUCGCCUGAGGGUCCCGGCACGGAGUUAGGUUUCCACGGCAGCUACGGUUGCAACGUUCACGGCCAAUUCUACGCGGAUGGCGCCCAAUUGCCGAUCGACCCCACCAACCCGUGCGAGUUAUGCUACUGCAUCAGGAACAAAACUACUUGCAUCAUGCAGGAUUGCAACCUGAAGGUGGCCGGUUGCACGCCGAUCUUCCAACCGGGUGUCUGUUUCCCGGUCAAAUACAAUUGCGAAUAUGACGAAGAUUUACUUACCACGACGGUUGCACCGAGUAUUGGCCUGAUUAUGACCACAACGUUAGCACCAGGAGUAUCGCCGCAGUGUUCUCACGAGGGGAAGAACUAUAACGACGGUGACUUAUUGUAUUCAACGGAACCCUGCCACCAUUGCUAUUGCUUCGGUGGUAACAUUACUUGUGUCGUCGAGGAUUGCGGAGCGCCGAUGGAGAUGCACGGAAAGAACUGCACCGCGUUGCCACCUCCGCAAGGAGAGUGUUGCCCGACCACGUAUCAGUGUGACGAUGGUGGUCACGAAGAAUUGGUAACGUUACCAAAGGGCGAGGAACAGGUUACCGAAGGAUACGUCCUUGAGACGACGGUAUCCAGUGUAACGGAAGCCGAGAAAGCAAUCACUCAAACUGAGAAACCGGAAGAAUCUUUCCCAGGUGACGACAACGUUAUUCCGGAAGACCAUAAGCACAUAAGCACCGAAGCACCCGUCCAAACCGCAUCGUCUACGAAAGAACCAACAGAGGAGACGUCACCGGAAGUUCCCGCUGGUCCAGAAUCUACAAUUGCUCCGAAGGAAACUGGAAUUUCGGAAGAGCCUGCGACAGAACCUGCACAGAAAGUAACAGAACUUCCUGGAGAGACACCGGAGGUUGUAGAGGCGACUACUAAGCCAGAAGAAGAAAUCGUUAAAAAGGUCACUGAAACGUCUCCGGUUAUCCCAGAAGCGACUUCGCCGAAAUUGGAGGCAACACCUGAGACGGAAGUUACAGAAGGAAAGAUGGAACCAGCGGUUACUACAGAGACAGUCUCAGAGGAAACGCAAACCGAGGGUGAACCUCAGCAAACGAAAAAGCCUGAGAUACUGAUUGGAGAAGGAAUAACACCACCGGAAGAGAUCGUUACAGAACGAGAACCAAGUUUCACUGAAUUACCUAAGGAAGUGCAAUCAACCGAGGAAGCCGGCGAGCCAACACAAUUACCGGAACUUCCGAUCGAAGGAACUAAAGAGACGGGAACGUCGUUGACUCCCGAAGAAGUAACUACGAUCAGAAGUGAGGAGGCAACGGAAGCAAGCAAAGCAGCUGAAACUCCAGCGAUUGUUUCAGAACCCGAAGAGAAACCGACGACAGUCGGUAUCGAGAAGGAAACCGCGGCACCGGAAACAGAAAUGACUACUGAGAAACCUGGUGAAGAAGUAUCGAGCACGAAACUCCCUGAAGCGGAGAAGAAACAACCAGAAGGCAUCAGCACAGAAGUAGAGCCCACUGGUAUCCCUGAAGAACAAACGACGACGUCUCUGCCGAAAGCUUCUACGGAAUUGCCUAGCGCAGCUCCCAAGAAGGAAGACACGACUGUUCCUUCAGUGCCAAGCAAAGAACCGGAAGCAGAAGGGGAGACUCCUGAAAUACCUGAGGAAGGUCCUACAGGCAUUCCAAUUACGGAACGCGUACCGGAAAAGAAAGCAGAGGACACGGUAACGGAAGGUGAAGUCUAUGGUACCACUACGUAUCUACCUCCGAAGCACGAGACGACGAUUUCUGGAAUGGUACCGAGUGAAGAGGGAAUUACGCCUGAAUUACCGAAAGAAGAACUACCUUCUUCCACGUUGACAACUCCAGAAGGAGAAAGAGGUGUAGAGCUGCCUUCAAGUACCGAGGCUAGCGAGACAACGGUUGAACAAAAGGAAGCAACAGAAGUUGUGCCUGAGCAAACCGAACAACCGAGCUUGCCUGAGGUUACCCUGGCGUCGACAUAUAAAACUCCGACAGCAAUGGAAGAAAUGCCGGCUAAAGGAUUAACUAUCGCAGACUCCGGAGAGACCUCGUCUGAAGAAAUUACCGAACAAACUUCCAAAAAGGAAUCGACCGAAUCCGAAGAAUCGUCAGAAGCAACCCGAGCCCCGGCUGAGGUACCUGUGACUCCGGAAGGUGUUACGGAGAAACCGGCUGAAGAACAGACUAAGGAAAUCGAAAAAACGACAGAAGCUGCUGUUCCGUCGACGGAAGUUCCGCCGCAAGAAGAAAAGGAAGUUACCCCAGCUCCGGAAGAGAAACCUGCUACCGAAGAAGAGAAACAAGCCACGGUAGCACCGGAGGAAGCUGUGCCAAGUGAAAAGCCUGAUAUCAGUUCGGAAGCGCCUGAAGAACAAGUCACUGAGAAACCAAUUAUUGAGGAAGGAGUUAGUACUGAAGAAGCACCAGGUAUACAAACUAAAGGCACCGAGGCACCGAUUGAAGAAGCUUCGAAAGAGCCGACUGUCCCGAAGGCAGAAGCACCUGUUAUCGAAACGACUGAAAAACCAGGUCCGGUCGAGGAAAUGCAAACAACAGCAGGAGCAAUGGAAGAAAGAAGAACGGAAACACCAGAAUACACGGAACAGCCUUCUGUCGAACCGACGGAGGUAUCGGUACCUAAAGAGGUAUCUACCGAAGGAGCUGAAGAAGAACAGAAAAAGGAACCACCGAUAAAGGAAGAACUUCCAUCUGAGGGACCAUCGACAGAGGAAGCGGUCAGUGAAACUGGAGCGCAGAAGGAAAUAACUGAAGCUCCAUUGGAGGAAUACACACCAACGAAACCAGCGACUGAGCGCAAGGAGGAUGAAGGAAUAGCUACAGAGAAACCGCUUGAAGGUGGUGAAGGAGUAGCUACGGAGGGGCCGCUUCAAGAAGGUGAGGGUGUUCAGAAGCCAUCUCUUGAAGAAGAGAAGCCAACUGAGAAACCUGUAGAAGAAGGGGAAGCGACUGCGGGUCCGAUAGAGGGUGAGGAAGCAACCGAAAAGCCGAUCGAAGAAAAACCUGCGACGGAAGGACCUAUCGAAGAGAAACCUGCGACGGAAGGACCUAUCGAAGAGAAACCUGCGACGGAAGGACCUAUCGAAGAGAAACCUGCGACAGAAGGACCUAUCGAAGAGAAACCUGCGACGGAAGGACCUAUCGAAGAGAAACCUGCGACGGAAGGACCUAUCGAGGAAACACCUGCCACGGAAGGUCCUAUCGAAGAGAAACCUGCGACGGAAGGUCCUAUCGAAGAGAAACCUGCAACGCAAGGACUUAUUGAAGAAGAAACAACUGUUACAGCGGAGAAACCAACUGAAAAACCGACAGAAGAACGUGUAACAGAAGGAGCUAUUGAGGAGACAAAACCUACUGAGGGAGAAAAGGCAGUCGAAGAAGGAAAACCAUCUGAGGGUGAAGAAGGAAAAAUAGCAGAAGAAAAACCAACGGAAGGUCCGAUUGAAGAAGAGAAACCAACGGAAGGACCGAUUGAGGAAGAGAAACCAACGGAAGGACCGAUUGAGGAAGAAAAACCAUCGGAAAGGCCUGUAGAAGAAGGAAUGCCUACUGAAUUACCUACGGAAAGAGAACCAACUGGAAAACCUGUUGAAGGUGAAGAACCCGUUGAAGAGCAGAAACUAACUGAAUCACCGAUGGAAGAAGAAAAAGAACAAUCUACCGAGGGACAGAAACCGACUGAGUUACCAACGGAAGAAGAAAAACCAGCAGGAGGAUUUAUAGAGGCAGGAGUACCAUCCGAAGAAGAAAAACCCGAAGAGGGACAGGCAACUGAGAAACCAAUUCUAGAAGAGGAAAAAACUGAGCAACCAAGUGAAGGACAUCCCGAAGAGGAACGACCAACUGAAGGACCCGUCGAGAAAGCUACCUACGGGCCUGGUGAGACACAGGAACCAAUCGAAGGUCCAAGUGAAGCAGAGAAACCAACUGAAGAACCUGCUGAAGGAGAGAAAGUAACUGAAGGACCCGUUACAGAAGAAAAACCAACUGAAGAAACCGUUGAAGAGAAACCAAGUACACCAGAAGUAAUAAUACCUGUAGAAAUUUCUACGGAAAGUCCAAAGGUCGAAGAGAAGCCGUCCGAAACUGUAUCUACUAAGUUACCUGAAGAAGUAUCCGAAGUAUCGACCGCAAUUCCAGAAGAAAUUCCAGAGGCUACAACCACUGCCGAAGUUCAACCGGAAAAGACAACUGCAACACCAAUUUCUGCAGAACCCUCUACGGAACCUACUAAACAAGUCCCAGAACAGCCGGUCGAAGAAGAAAAGUUCCCAACAACUGUACAACCGGAAUCGCCAACUGUAGGAUCGACUGUAUCUGUUCCGAGCGAGGAAACGACUGAAAGUAAAAUACCCGAGGAAGGCGUCACCACUUUGAAAACCGAAGUUUCACCGACUGAAGCUCCAGUUGCGAAGACGACCGUACCUAGUGGCGAAAUGGCAGCACCGGAAGAGGAACAAAAAGUUUCCACUCCCGAAGAGGCUGAAACUAAAGCUCCAGCGAAGGAAGAAGUUACCGAAACUCCCCAAGAGAAAGUUCCGGAAACUCCAAUUAUGGAAGGACAGACUGAAAAAGAAAUUCCAGCAACUACACCAGAGACAUUGCCGAAAGUUACUGUUGAAGGUGUUGAACAAUCUACGAUCACCGAAAAAAUUCCUGAGGAAGAAACAAUAUCGACACAGCCUACUCAUCUUCCACCAACGAUUCCAGGGGAAGGAAACUGUCUCGUCGAGGGGCAAACUUACGGCAAUAAUUCUGACGUGCCUCCUGUCAAUCCUUGCCAGCUACGAUGUCGCUGCAUCAGUAGUAUCAUCGAAUGUGAAUCGAUGGAGUGUCCACCGCCUCCGACCGAAUUACCUAAUUGCAUGCCAGUUUACAUUGGAAAAGAUACUUGCUGCCCGGUAUACACUUGCGAACAUACGUCUCACAUGCCGGGACUGGAAUCCGGCAGUCAUAUGAUCGAGAAGGAGACGCCCAAGCAACCGACGACGACCGAAGCUGUUGAAACUAAAGAACCUUCGACGAUCGUACCGCCAGAAGUGAAAGUACCAAGUGAAGAAGAAGAGGCAACACAAGUGACACAAAAACCAGAGCUUGCGCAAACUACCGUCAGCGAAAUCGCUAAAGAAGAACAGACUGCUAAACCAGUGGUGCCGGUAGAGACGUCUAGUCAAAUUCCUCAAGAGGAAACGAAGGAACCUUUGCCGGAAGCACCAAGCACUGUGGCCGAAGAAGUAACAAAGAUUCCGACUCCUGCGCAGACACCUGAAGUACCUCCUGAGGAACUGCCAUCGAGUCCAACCGUUGGUGAAGAACAACCUAGUGCAACGACAGAGACGGUCCAAGAACAAACUUCAGUUGCAGUUGAGACGGAAGGUCCUGCUACCAUGAAACCAAUAUAUAUACCACCUGAAGAAACGAAGGAACCUGCAGAAGUUACACAAGCCCCAAUCUCAGAGGAAGGCAAAGAAGCAGAAACUCCAAGCUCUUCUGUAAUGCCGGAAGUAUCAGAACCGGUGAGUGAAACCGAGAAACCAUUAGAAGAAGUAACCACUCCGGGCGUGUCAGUAACACUGCCUGGAGAAGGAAAGAAAGAAACGCCUGCAGAGGCAGAAAUUACCAAGCCGCCCGAAGAGGCAGAAACAACCAAACCCGCAGAAGCAGAAACCUCCAAACCCGCAGAGGAAGAAACCGCCAAACCCGAAGAACAAACUACAGAAAGUGAAUUACAGACUGCGAAACCCAGUGAAGCAGAGACCGAAAGGCCAUCUCCGAUUACGGAAACGUCAGCUGCAGCAGAAGGAAUUGAAACCUCGACUAGUAAAGAAAAGGAAGUUAUCCCAGUGGAAGAAGAAACUGUUCAACCGAGCGAAGGUGUAACACCUGGAAUAGAAGAAACAAAAGUUCCUUCAAGAACUCCAAUCGAGGGAAUGACGCAUCCCAUAAAUACCGGAACGACAGAGAUUUCCGCAGCAAAAACGGAAGCGCCUGUGACCGAAGGAAUGAAACCUAUGAAAGAACCAGAAGAACAACAGACUGUAUCACCUGAAACUGAACAAUCACCGUUGCCUACUACUGCGGAAGGCGAAACCAAAGAAAUUGAAACUGAACCGACUGGAGUUAUUGUAAAAGAAUCUACGACGGAACCGUCAGCAAUUUCGGAACAGUUACCAGAGAAAUUACCUGAGGAACAGGUACCAAGUUCUACUGAAGCUGCCGAAAUAAGCACUGAGCAAACAUCGAAACCUACUGAAAUAAAGGAAGGAAUUACGGAAGAACAACCAACGGUCAAACCCGAGGAAGAAAUUCCACAAACUACCCCAGAGGCGGAACGACCAGAAGUAACUCCGUCGGUAGAAGAAGAAACUCCAGCGUUGGCCUCGUCAACUGAAAAGGAAGCCACACCGUCUGUUUCCGAGGAGACGAUUACAGAAGCAACGCCCGAAGGUACUCCGAUUUCACCUUCUGAAGGAACUCAGCAAACUGUAAGCGUGGGAGAAAAAGAAACAGGCUCCACGGAAGCAGCUACGGAGAGACCUGAAGAGAAACCAGCGACUGAAAAGGAAACCACGGUUCCUGCUGAAUUACCAGAAACUACAAUGGAGCAUGAAAUUCCGGAAGGAGUCACUGAAAAGCAGGAAACGGUAGCACCAGGAAUUGAAGAAGAAAUUACGGUACGUGUGCCUGUGGCAGGAGAGGAGAAACCAGAGGAGGAAGUUCAGAAACCGAGCAUGGAAGAGGCUGUCUCGUCUCCAGAGCCAGCCAGAACACCUGCUCCCGAGGAAGCUACAAUUCCAGUUGAAAUAUCUUCGCCGACUGCAGAAGUUACCUACACCGAAGGCGCAUCACUUCCGUCCGAGGAAGUGACCGAAGAACCGAAGCCUAUAACUGAAGUCGAAGGUGAAGAGAAAGCGACAACUGUACCUAGUGAAAUAAGCCCAGUACCCGAAGAGCAACCUUCUGUGACUGAAAAGAAACCCGAGGAGGAAGUUCCGGAAGUGACACAAGCACCAAUUGUCGAGGAAGAGACUGGAAAACCGAUCCAAGAAGAGAAAGGAGCGACCGAAGAACCGACAACUCCAGCUGCAGAAGUUGAAAAGACAACAGAAAGUGCUCCUAAGACAUCUGAGGCUGGGUCAACGGAGAGACCAAAGGAGGAAGAGGUAUUCGUACCAGAGAAGGCAGCUACAACCGAGGCAGCUGAAUAUCCAACUGAAGCUCCUGAGAAACCGAUGACCGAAGAAGUUCCUGAGAAAGAAAUUUCAACUGGAGCACCAGAGGAAGUCGGUACAAAAGUGACAGAAAUUCCGGAAAAAACUGAAGCGCCAGAAAAAGAAGAACCUACAGAAAUUCCAGUAAUUAUCGUUCCUGAAGAAGAGAAGCCUGGUGAAAUAACAGAGAAGGUUCCUGAAGAAGAGAAGCCUGGUGAAAUAACAGAGAAGAUUCCUGAAGAAGAGAAACCUGCUGAAGUAACAGAAAAGAUUCCUGAAGGAGAGAAACCUGCUGAAACGACAGAGGAGAUUCCUAAAGAAGAGAAACCUGCUGAAACGACAGAGAAGGUUCCUGAAGAAGAGAAGUCUGGUGUAACAUUAGGAAAGGUUCCAGAAGAGAAGCAACCUGCAACAACGGAAGAGAUUGCUCCUGAAGGACAAGAGCCAACGGAGAAAGUUAUUCCAGAGGAAGAAAUUACGGAGAAGACUGUUCCAGAAGAGAAGGAACCUUCCGAAGUGCAAACAGCCGUUCCUGAAGAAGAAAUCUCUCAGACUACAGAAGGCAUUUUGAUAAAGGAGCAAACUACAGAAAGAACUGAGACUCCUCAAAUUAAAGAAAAGACGACUGAAUCUCCAAUCACUGUCGAAGAGGAAUUGCCUAAAGCAACUACAGCAGCAGCUGAAGCCGAAGAAACCAGUCCUGAAGAAGAAUUGCCUCCGGUGACUUCACAAGAGACUGUGACCGAAGAACAGGAAGCUACAACAAAACAGCCGGAACCUCAGCCGGAAGGUCCAGUGGAAGCUUCUACAGAACGAGAAGUAGAACAGCCAGAAAUCGUAACAGUUCCUGAAGAACAGCCGACGGAACAACCUCAAGAAAAGACUACUCCGCAACCAACGUUCACCAAAGAGGAGGAAGAGGGAAAACCUGAGGAAGGUGAGCAGCAAGUGACCGAAGGACCUGCCGAACUACCAGUCACGAAGAUCUCAGCGCCUGCGACAGAAGAAGCGCCCCUCCACCCGAUAAGCGAAGAGGCAGGCACUACCAUCGACAGCGGAUUACCGGAAUUCGGUCUCACAACAGAAAAAGAAGAGCUGCCCGAGGCUCAAUAUCCAGUUGAUAUCGACUCGCAAUUCCCACCUCUGAACCAUUCAUACGAGCAGCGACCCAUGGAACCCGGUUACUACGAACGACCGAGUACCGAAACACCUCCUCAGAUAUCCGACUUCCCCGGCCAGGAAGACCUUCCCAUCCCCGGCGAGCCGGGCGAGGAUUACGACGACGAUCAGACCAUCUACGGGCCGGGUACCUGCCGAUACGGCGGCAAGGUUUAUGUGUCUGCACAACAGAUACCACGGGACGAUCCUUGCGACUUCUGCUUCUGCUUCAGGAGCGACAUAAUCUGUCUUCAACAGAGCUGUCCGCCGCCGAUCCCGGGCUGUCACGAGGAACCGAUCAGCGGUUUCUGUUGCCCGCGUUACGAGUGCCCGGUGUCGAUGGCCACGUCGCUGAACAUCACCACAACGACGACCACGACCACGACCACGUUGCCGCCGCAUUUCAACGCGAAGGCGUACAAGGGUGCCGCGAGACGAAGCGGCUGCUUCAUCCGCGGAAAGGCGUACCGCGUCGGCGAACCCAUCAGGUCCGCGUCCGGACCUUGUCUUCAGUGCAUUUGCGGUGGCGACGGUAACAUGAAGUGUGAUCCACAAUUUUGUAGCCCGGAACCGAUGCUGAGGCAAAUGAUCGCGGCGGCGGCGACGCGGAGGAGAAGAUGAGCCGGCCAACGCACGAUCCCCGGGAUCCGUCGAUAAAACGUAAAACGCAAGGGCAAAUCGAGUUCUGGAGCUGGAUCAGUGUUGUAUAAAAGUGAAUUUAAAAAUGAAAAAAAGAGAAUAUUCUAUUCUAAACUAUGUUGAAAUGUCGCGGAACACGGACUACUACGUAAUGUGUGCUUCGGCGACCACGAACUGAGUGGCCAAAACCCGCGUAAACGUUUAUAUUAAUAAUAUUAUAUUAUGUUAUAUAAAAGAAAGAAUGAGAUACAGGGAGAGAAAGAGAGGGAGAGAGAGAGAUUAAGAGAGCGAGAGCGAUUAAGGCGCACGUGUAAAAGGGAAGAGACUUAAGAAUGGGGUUGGAGAAGAUACGUUUCUGGUGCCAAACGGAGAUAAGCAAACAGACGUAGCGGAGAGAAUGUAUUCGUGAUAGGGUACCACGUCUAACGCCAUUUUUUUACCGAUAAAAAAACGAUGGUUACGGGGAAGAAGGAAAAAAAAUGCAAAAAAAAGUUGCUGAACGUACGAGACUUAUGACUGUGCCUUCGUCGGUGCCGACAACAACGGCGCUAAAACUUUCGUUCCGACUGUGUGGAUCAUCGUCGUAGUAACCUCUCAGUCCCCGGGGAAUCGUAAAUUAGAAACUAAACGUGGUGAUGGGAAUUGCAAACGAUGGAAACGUUCUAAAACAGCGCGAUGAAAAUGAAGAAGAUUGAAGCAGGAACCGAAUGCAAAACCUUAGCGUUCGCGGCACGAUUUCUUGUACAGUGACGUUGCAACAGCAAUGGGGGCCGUAUACGAGAGAGAACCGCGAGAACUUUGUCAACGAUAGUGACAAAUUUCUUAAUCAUUUUGUAACGAGAAGUCACGCCGGUUUCUCUCGUAUCGGUCGCCACGAUAAGAGCAGAAGCCGCCAGAUAAAGCAAAUUGCUCUUGCAGUAUCACUGUAAAAAUUCGCACGACGAUGAUCCACGGCAAUCACGUAACACGAUCGCGAUAGAUCUUGAUCGUUUCACAGCUGACAUGCGCCGUGCGCUUACGAUCAGUCCACGUUCGAUCACGUCUCCUGACGUUCACGCGUGCUCGAAUACGAUCGCGAGACGAGAGUUAGCCGCAAACAACGACUAACAGCGGGCAACUGCGUAUUUCUCGAUACGUACGUCUGAUCUACGUCUUCCUGUAAUGCGCGACCGUGACGCGUUCGCGAAAUUCCUCAAUCGUUAUCGCGCUCGACACGUGCGUUCCUGAUCGUAUUCGAACGCGCGCGUAUCUAUGUCCGUGUGCGUGCGUGCGUGUGUAUGCAUUAUACAUGUGAAUUUGAAAAUUGAACAAAAAUAUGGGGAAGAGAAGAGAAUGAAGGAAGAAAGACAAGACGAAAGGUACGCGUAUCUCAAAGCUCAAACAGCGGCUCGCGCGGAGGACCGACCGCGAAUUUGCUUCUCCGGCGAGCUGGCGUCAUUAUAAAUAUAUAUAAAUAUAUAAAUAUAAAUAAUAUACAUUUAUACGAUUCUUUAUACACACUGUACCCUCCUAAAAAAAUAAUAAUAAUACUUAACGAUGUUCUAUACGUUUGUACGAAAGUAUAUAUUAAUUAUUAUUAUUAUUAUUAUAAUUAUAUGGUCGCGUUCUUCGUUCUCUAGUCUCAAAGUGUUGCAGAAUAGUAAUCUACAGGAAAAAUCGUAUUCGUCUUUCUCUUCAAUUAGAAUUUGAUACACAUCUACUAUAUCUUUUGCUGAGCCAUGUGCAUGGAGAACGAGCGAGUUCAUUUCAGAAUCGCCGUCUUAACUGUCACUUAAUCGUUCUGUACUACUCCGCAAUUUGGAGUUUCUCAUAUUUCUUACAAUUUGUGAAAAAUUGCAAUAGUUACCUCAUACAAUUUAACUAUUAUUUUAACGUGCUAUGGAUAAUUUUUAUCCAGAAAGUAAAUAUUCAAAGGACUUUUAACUCAUAAUUUUAACAAUUGAAUAUUCGUCGCACAAAUGCUUUGAGACUUCUGAGAGAACUUGGGGCUGUUUUAGGUGUAAUAAAAUAGGAAACGAACGCUAUCGUCGUCGCACAAGUAUUGCGCACACUGUCUUUUGUAAUUUAUAACAAUGGAUCAAACGAUGCACGACCACGGGUGUCGAGAGUUCUGUCUUCCUCCGGACAUCGGCGAUCCUCCUCUUUUGUACGCGUUUACUAUAUUAAUUUAGCUCGUCCUGGAGCAGGACGUUCAGUCGCGAGAGUGAUUUCUACAUAAGGCAAACGAGACAAGUAUAAUAAUAGAAUGAAUUAACAACCACAUCGUAACCAUAGUGCUUCCAUGGCAACUCGAUCGUGAUAGAAGUGGCCAUAUUUAUUACCGUCACUAUCCUCGAUGAAGAAUGUCUUUAAAUUAACAGGUUGAUAAUAAAAUUGAUACAUUGAAAAUAUUUAUGUUCUUCGUUUUAUCAAAACUUUUUAUCUGCAGUAUGCCAUUUGAUGGGAAACAUGAAGGGUUGAGGUUGAACACAGUUCUAACAUGUGUCUCAUUUCUUGCUUUCAGACAUAAAAUAAUAGACAGAUCUCAUUUAAAGUAAUAUUAGAUUAUAUUAGAUAAAUGAAACAAAUUCCUAGCCACUGCCUGUACAUCGAAACGGUCGGGAAGCCACAAAUUGUAUCCAAGGAACAUUUGUUACAAUCAUCUUUUAAAAGAACCUUGUGUGAAAAAUGCGAUCAGUGAUACUUCUUUUAAAUGAAAUUCCUAUAGCUUUCAACUCGCCAAUUAGCGCAGAACUUAUUGAAAGUAUAAGGUUCGCGUUCGCGCCUGAGCCGAAUUAAGUACUUACGGGCGAUCGAACCGGAUCACUGUGAACUAAUUUCGAUUCUAGUAAGUUAGUCGAGCCUAGUAUUUAUCUCGAUAUCCGCUCACGCCGAAAGCAACGAGCGUUGCGAUUUGUACGUUUAUUACUGACACAGAAGUAAUGUGUAACUCUUAACAAUUAAGAUACCUAUAUGUUAAUAAUAUGAUGAACACGUAGGAUGCAUGUAAUUAAUUAAUUGAUUGUUCGAUUGAUUAAUUAACGACUGCCCCAUGCUCGGCGUUGGUAAAAUGCCCCAUUUACGCAAAGUCGUGUUCUUUACCAACGAUACAUGCCGAAUCACGCGCAACUUUAUACAUAUUAUACAUAUAUAUAUAUAAAACACAUAUAGAUAAAUAUAAAAUGCAUGAUAUUUAUGCACAGAAUGACCAAUUUUUAUCUGGUGCCAAUAAUCUACGAGCGCGAAAUUUCUCGCGACGCGUCCUCCGAUAGAAUUAAAAAUAAGACAACGGAAGCUGAGUGCGUGUGGGAUUAAAAUUGAUCAUACUGUGAAUAUAGCGAGACGAAUAAAAGACGCCGCUCAGUACGCGAAUAUACUCAAAUACGAUCGUGAUCUUUCAUUUUCUUUUCUUUUUCUCCCAUUUUAUAUCCGAUUUCUUUUAACGACCGCUACGACUACAGCGAAAAACGAUCAUCCUUACGCUCAGCAUACUCUGUUAAUUGUUUUCCCUUCUCCUCUUUUGCCGCGUAUACAAUAUAAUAUGUGAUACAUAAAAAGGUGAGCGAGCCGUGGGUGCCCUGGGCGGGUGCCCGACUGUAUGGAAUUAGAAUAGUUUUUUGACAGUACGUGCUAGUAUAAAGUGUCCUUUUAUAUGAAUAAACGAUUUUGUAUAUCACAAA